CAAUAAAAAAUUCUUAGAAAAACACGCUUCUUGUCUGGGAAACAAAAAAAGAAGAAGGAAAUUACAAGAAAAGAGAUCAAUGGAGGAAGAAUACAUAAGAGUGAUUAACAUAACAGUGAUUGGAGUUAUCUCAUGGGGUUUGAUUUUCAUCCUCGUGCGACGAAUCUUCUCAAACUACUCCUUCGACUUCAGCACUCGUAUUGUCUCGACCCUUCACGCCACAGUCGCGGUCGUUUUAGCAACUCUUACGAUUCAAGAUUGGUCUUGUCCAGUUUAUCCCAUCGCUUCCACGUCAUCUCUCCAGCAGAUGGAAACGAUUGCGUUUUCUUUGUCUUACAUGAUCUACGAUCUCAUUUGUAGUCACUUUGAUCAAGUCCUAAGCAUUGAUAAUGCCGUUCAUCAUUCUGUCUGCAUUCUUGGUUUUGUAGCUGGGCUUUGCUACCGAAAGUGCGCAUCUGAGAUGGUUGCAGCAAUUUGGAUUACAGAGAUCUCAAGUCCAUUCCUUCACCUCAGGGAGAUUCUUAAAGAAAUUGGUUACAGAGACACCGAUCUCAAUCUUGCCGCCGAUGUGUGUUUUGCAACAAUCUUCUCACUCGCGAGAAUAGUGGGUGGACCUUACCUUGUUUACGUCACGAUAACUGCUGAUAAUCCCUUCCUCAUCAAGGCAAUGGCGUUGGGAUUACAACUCGUGAGCGCUUUCUGGUUUUACAAAAUACUCAAGAUGAUGAGAUACAAAAUUGUGAAAAGAUCAAUGCUCAAUACAAAAUCAGAUUAGCUGAAGUUAGUUUAUUAUUUUAUCGAUUAUAAUAUUGGUGAAUUCUGAUAUGUUUUUUUCAUUUUAAGAAUAAUUGAUUCUUUUUAUUUUACAUGAAAAUGUGCGGAAUUCAAAAAUGGAUUAAACUAAUAAAAAAAUAAAAUUUAUAAAAA